ACAGUCGCCCUCCCAUCAGCCUACAUCUGGCUCAUUUCUACAAGUCACCAGACGGAGCCUGAGAGCAGAAGCAGCGUGCAGAGGUGAUGGGCUCCUGAGGAGGAGGAGGAAUUAUUUCCAGGACAAGUCAGAACAAGGGUUAAACUAAGUAGGGGGGGAGAGCGGAGUACACACCCGCAGGGCACACUCCCCCCCGCUCUCCACCCUCCUGUGCUUGUACAGAAAGACGGUCACCCCUGCAGGGACACUGCGUGUGGACUCUGCUCCCCAACAUGACUCUUCUGUGGAUUCUGGGGCUCCUCUGCAGCUGCUCCAUUGCGCACAACAAUCCGGGCUAUUUGAUAACGGCUCCCUCUGUUUUUCACUCUGGAGUAGAAGAGGCAGUGAGUAUAACCAUCUUUAACACAGCUGCUGAAACCAAGGUCCAGGUAAAGCUUGUUGUUAAAGGGGAGACAGUGGCUGUUGGCAAGGGGUCAGUAUUGGAUAAAGGCACAGUGAAAAUCAAGGUUCCACCAGGACUGAGAGGUCAAGCGCACCUUAAAGUUUGGGGUAACCGCCACCUAAACGAUGGGGGACUUAUUUUUCACAACUCUACAACUGUUACAGUGGAUAGCAAAGGACUGUCACUUUUUAUACAGACUGAUAAGCCAGUGUAUAAACCAAAGCAAAAAGUGAUGAUCAAUAUGUAUAUGGUGACACCGAAUCUACGACCUGCAAGUGAAAAGGUUAAUGCAUAUGUCAUGGAUCCGAGAGGAUCUAGGAUAAUACAGUGGACAGACCUGAGUCCAGUUUGCUGUGGAAUUGUUAACAUGAGUUUUCCUCUUUCUGACCAACCUGUGUUCGGAGAGUGGCUGAUAUUUGCAGAAACACAAGGCCAUAUUUUUAAUAAAUCAUUUUCAGUACAGAAAUAUGUGCUUCCAAAGUUUGAGUUAAGAUUAACACCCCCACCUUAUAUACAAGAUAUCAAUGUCUGUGAAAAAGGCAAAGUCAAUGCAAGAUAUACUUUUGAGAAACCUGUGAGUGGAAUGCUGACUAUCAACAUGACUGUGACAGGUGUUGGGUAUUACAGACAUGAGAUUGGACACCAAGUGCUUAAAACCAUGGAGAUUUAUGGAUCAGGAAUGUUUGACAUCUGUGCCAAAGAUAUGAUGCCAAUAGAUUUCUCAGAGCAUUUUCGAGGGACAGUCAACAUUUGGGCUACUGUAACAGCUGUAGAUGGCAGCAAGCAGGUUACUUUUGAUGACACCACCCUAGUCCAAAAACAGUUAAUCGAUAUCAAAUAUAGCAAGGAUACUCGCAAACAGUUCAAGCCAGGCUUACCUUAUCAAGGAAAAGUUGAGGUCACCUAUCCAGAUGGAAGCCCUGCAGAUGGAGUAACUGUAAGAAUCAAAGCUGAACUUGCCCCUAAAGACAAUGUGUACACUACUGAGCUUGUAUCUCAGAAUGGACUGGUAGAGUUCCAGAUACCGUCUAUACCAACAGCCGCUCAGUAUGUGUGGUUGGAGUCUAAAGUAAUAGCCAUUGAUGGGAAAUCUACAGGAGAUCAAUAUUUGCCCAACUACUUGUCCAUAAGUAGCUGGUAUUCUCCAAGCAAAUGCCAUCUACUGAUUCAGCCUCUGGAAAAGCCAUUACAGGUGGGUGAGGAUGCCCGAAUUACUUUAAAGUCCACCUGUCUAUGCAAUUUCACUUUGCACUAUGAAGUGGCAUCUCGUGGAAACAUUGUGCUGUCUGGAAAGCAGUCAACAAAUAUCACUCUACAGAGGACAAAGAGAUCAACAUCUGUUACAUUUGACAGAAACUUUAAUGAAACAGAAGAUAAUGGAUCAGAUACAACAGACCAUUCACCUCCUGACUCUGAAGUGUGGCUGACAUAUGUACAUUUUUCUGUAACUCAUAAUAUGGCUCCUUUAAGUCGACUCUUGGUUUAUUAUGUAAGGGAGAAUGGAGAAGGAAUUACUGACAGUGCCCAGAUACCCAUAGAACCGGCCUUUGAGAACAAGGUGUCAGUGUCACUCUCCACCAAUGACUCUAGACCAGGUGAUGCUGUAAAUAUUAAAGUUAGGACUACCAGAGGAAGCUGUGUGUGUGUAUCUACGGUGGAUAAAAGUGCGUAUCUCCUGGGCAAUGGCUUCAAGAUAACUCCUGAAAAGAUAUUCCAGGAACUUGCCACUUUUGAUGUUUCAGAUGCUUUUGGGACUGGAAAGGAUGAAGGACAUUUCUGGUGGCCAGGAUUGGGUUCUCAGAGGAAACGACGUUCAUCAGUUUUUUCAUGGCAUUGGGAUAUUACCAAGGAUGCUAUGUUUGCUUUCACAGAGACAGGAUUGGUUGUGAUGACAGAUGUGGUAAGUCUAAAUUACAGACAGAGCGAUGGAAUGUACACAGAUGAGGCAGUUCCAGCUUUCCAGCCACACACAGGAACGCUUGUGUCAUCUUCUCAUAACAGAGUAGCACCCCGAUUUGAGAGAAGAAAAAGGACUUUCUUUCCUGAAACCCUGGUCUGGCACUGCUUCAAUGUCAGUGAUACUUCUGAUGAGACUGAACUGCAUAUAGUGGUCCCAGAUUCUAUAACUACAUGGGUAACAGAGGUCAUUGCCAUGUCUGAAGAAACGGGACUUGGAGUUGCCAGAUCAGCAUACCUGAAAACAUUCAAAUCUUUCUUCAUUGAUUUCACACUGCCAUACCAUGUGAUACGAGGGGAGCAAGUGAAAAUACCGCUCACAGUUUACAAUUAUCUUCCUAUCACUGUUGAGGUACACAUAAAGAUCAUGAUAACAAAAGGUGUGAAGUUUGUAGGCUAUCCUGGGAAACAGUACCUGCUCCGUAAGCUUUGUGUGGCACCAGGGGAGACUAAGCCCACAUCGGCUGUAUUUUCAUUUUCCGAACUUGGACAGGAAAAUAUAUCAGCCAGGGGUCUGGCAUUUGCAGGAGUUAACUGCCUUUCAGAGGGAAGCAACAGUCUGAAGAACAGCAAAUAUAUUGAAGAAGUAAUUAGUGAGAGGAAAUCUCCAGUUGGGAGUGACUUUGUUCGCAGAAGUUUGAUGGUGGAGCCAGAGGGCUUAGCCCGAGAAUACACAUACAGCGUAUUUUUGUGCCCGAAUGAGAAAAUUCAGAUUUCUACUCCCAACAAGUUCGAAUAUCAGUACGUUCAAAAACCUCAACGAAUGACACACUUUGAUUUGAAUGUGAAAGCCCAUAAUGAUGCCCAUGUUGCACUGUCUUCUGGACCUCAUGACAUGGCUGAAAUGAUUGAGAUUGUAAUUGGUGGACAGCAGAAUUCGAAAACAUGGAUAACAACCAGCAAGAUGGGAGAGCCCAUUUCUUGUGCAAACACUGGGGCUGUCUUGUCUUGGGAUGAGUUCCGUGCUUUUUGGAUUAGCUGGAAAAAUGGACUCAUCCAGGUAGGACACGGCAUCAAAGGCUCCAAUGACUCUAUUAUCGUGGAAUGGGCAGCGGCCAAGCAGCCGGACGUGAAGUUCAUCGGCUUUUCGACUGGCUGGGGUUCCAUGGGGGAAUUUAAAAUCUGGAGGAAGGAAGAGACAGAUGAGAACCACAAUGAGGCUUUCACACUGGGGGUCCCACACAAUGUCAUCCCAGGGUCUGAAAGAGCUACAGCUUCUAUUAUAGGAGAUGUGAUGGGUCCAACUGUGAGUAAUUUAGAUAACCUCCUCCGUCUGCCAUUUGGAUGUGGAGAGCAAAAUAUGAUACACUUUGCCCCUAAUGUAUUUGUGCUCAAGUAUCUCCAAAAAACAACGCAAUUGUGUCCAGAAGUGGAAAAUGAGGCGGUGGACUACCUUCUGCAAGGCUAUCAACGCCAGCUAACAUACAAGAGACCAGACGGGUCCUAUAGUGCCUUUGGAGAGAGGGAUUCUUCUGGAAGUAUGUGGCUUACAGCUUUUGUGCUGAAAUCCUUUGCUCAGUCGAGGGGCUUCGUCUAUAUUGACCCAUUAGAACUUUCUGCAGCAAAAGACUGGAUUAUUCUGCACCAGAAGAAAGAUGGCUCUUUUCCAGCCAUGGGUAGAAUUCUAAAUAAAGAUAUCCAGGGUGGAAAUCAUGGAAAAAUAGCUCUAACUGCUUAUGUCGCAGCCGCUCUCUUGGAGACAGGAAUCACUUCUGAGGAAGAAAGAGUUGCCGUAUCCAAAGCCAAAGAAUACUUGGAGUCACACUUGUACUCAGCAGAUGACCCAUAUACCACCGCUCUCACAACAUAUGCUCUGACUCUGCUGCGUAGCACUUAUGCUUUAGCAGCUCUUAGAAGGCUGAACAGCAUGGCCAUAACACAAGAUGGGUUUACUCACUGGAGUUUAACUGGCUCAAUGGCAAAAGAGGAGGACACUUUCAUGGGUUUUAGUGAUGGCCUCUCUCAAUCAGUGAUUUCAGCUGAAGUUGAAAUGACAGCAUAUGCUUUGCUAACAUAUACCCUUCUCGGAGAUGUGGCCUCUGCACUUCCAGUAGUAAAAUGGCUUUCCCAGCAACGCAAUGCCCUAGGUGGAUUCUCAUCCACGCAGGACACAUGUGUGGCCCUUCAAGCUCUGGCAGAAUAUGCAAUCCUCUCCUAUAUUGGUGGUGUGAACCUCACAGUAUCAUUGGCAUCAACCAACUUGGACUAUCAGGAGACCUUUGAACUGCACAGGUUGAACAAGAAGAUCCUACAGAAAGCUGUGAUUCCCACUAUCCCAACUGGAUUGUUUGUCAGUGCAAAAGGAGAAGGUUGCUGCUUAAUGCAGAUCGAUGUCCACUACAAUGUUCCUGACCCAGUGGCAAAACCAGCCUUCCAGCUUCUAGUCAAUCUUAAAGAGCCAAGGGCAGAAAGGAAUCGACGACAGACUGGACUCAGAGAGAGAGCUCUUCCUGACGAUGAUGAUCCAGGAUCCCACCAGGACCAUCAGGAAUAUAAAGUGAUACUGGAAGCUUGCACAAGGUGGCUUCAUUCCGGUGCUUCUAACAUGGCUGUUCUUGAGCUUUCUUUGCUUUCAGGCUUUCGAGCAGACAUUGAAAGUUUGGAACAGUUGCUCCUCAAUAAACAGAUUGGUCUUAAACGCUAUGAGGUUGAAGGAAGAAAAGUUCUGUUCUAUUUUGAUGAGAUACCAAGCCAAUGUAUGACAUGUGUAAAGAUGCAAGCAUUUAGGGAAUAUGUUGUGGGAAAAACUGCACCUGUUCCAGUAAAAAUCUAUGACUACUAUGAACCAACAUUUGAAGCUACCAGAUUCUACAAUGCUAGCGAGAGCAGUCCAUUGUCUAGAGAGCUAUGUGAUGGUACCACGUGUAAUGAAGUGGAGAGCACUGCAAAUCAGUGGACAGGAUUUACCCCUUCUGGUCCCUGCAGUGGUGGGUAUUUCUGCCCUGAAGAGGAACGCUUUGAGCGGUGCAUGUGCUACCGUGAUUGUGGAUAUGAUGGUGAACCUGUUUGUGGAUCUGAUGGUGUAAUUUAUCAAAACCAGUGUCAGAUGGAAGUUGCAGGCUGCCGAAAUAACACCAGAAUAGAGCAAGUGGCAAUGUCACAGUGUGUACCAGAAGAAAAUACCUCCGAAGAGGAAACUGACAGUUUUGCAUUACCAGAACCAUUUGAAGAGAAAACUGCAGAAGAAGAGAUACCUGUCCACCAAUCAGAGGAUUCCUAUUACUCUUAUGAGUAUGAGACAGAUCCUUAUGGCUCUGAGAAUGAAGAUGGUCUUGAAAUUGCAGUGCAUCUCACAACAGUGGCAAAUAUAGCCGAGGACACAGCAGAUACAUUCUCAGAUACAUUCUCAACCACCACAGAAUGAAAAUGAAAUUUAUGAAAAUACAGACUACAGAACAAGAUGAACUUGGACAGAUUGCAUUCUACUGGAUACUACAGAAAAUGAACCUAGCUGGUUAUAGACACUUACCUAACCUAAUCUAUCUUUUAUAUUAUUUUACUUCCACUUAACCAGCCUGGUUUUUCUUUUUGUGUUUUCAAUGUGGAAUUUUCAUAGACGAUACAGAUGUAUCAGAUGUAGAAAAUCUUUUUUUUUUCUGAACAAAUAAUUUCUAAGCUUCUCCUAAAAUUCAACAACAAGAAACCUCCUUUUAUUUGCUGGGCUAAAGUCAGAUUUCUCCUUUAAACCCAUCAACAUGUUCCCUUAUCAGACUUUACAAGCAGCUUUGUAGCUUGCUGUUUAAGGUUUCUAGUGUUCCAGCUGAACUAAUAGAAUUUCCUUGCCAGGACAACAACUUAAUUUGAAGCGUUACAGGCAAAAAAAAAAGCCACAUCCUGUCCUUUGAUCCAGUUUUACCUGACGCAGUUCCUUUUUAUCAAAGGUUUCAUUCGAUUUUAACAUUAUUUAACUUUUCCAUUUUGGACACAUUUUUCCAUAGAAUGUUCAUUUUAUUUUAUUAAAGUCAACCUGCAAGUUGUAUGUGCCAGAAUUGAAGUAAAAGCCAUCACUUGCUAACAACUUGCUGCAAGUUAAAAUUUGUGUACAUAGCCAAAUGUCGCCAAACCCAACAAAGUAGCAAUAGUUAUUAUUAAUCCUGCAGCCAAGUUAGUACCAUUGCGGUAAAAGUAUAUUUAUUUUCUGUAAGAAACUUUGGAACUUUUUUUUUUCUUUUGUAAAUUCUUUAUUUAACAGUUUUUCUAAAGGACGUGGAAGCAGUCACAAAAACUAUAGUUACAGCACAUACAUGGGUGAAAUAACCAUGAGCCACUUUAAAGUACAUAUGGAAUGUUCCAUAAGAAAUUUUGACAGAAUCCAUAGGUGGAACAUUUCUCCUUUGUUUAAGCUAAUUGAUUUAGGAUGAGCAGCUAACAACUGCUCACAAAUACUUUCGAAUACACUAGCCCUUCUGCCAAAUGUUAGAAUUUCUAGUCCUUUCUUGUAUAGAAGGUCAGAUUGUGAUUCAUUAAAAUACAAAACUUCCUAUAUCAAUUUAGAGCUUAUGCCCUGGGCACUAUGCAGGCUUUGGGAUCGCAAUGUGUAAGCUAAUUGUAUAUGGUCACCAGUUAAAACUAAAAUUGUAUGUAUUCCAAUGCUAAUGAAAGAUUACCAAGUUAUACGAUACAUUACUUUCCAUUUUAAAACUACUGAUUUUGAAUGGCAAAGGUUUGAAUCGCCAAAAGCUACAGGCUUCAGUCUACAAACCUUAUUGUACCUAUUGUAAUCCAUCGCUGAUUGUGAUCAAAGCUCUCCAACCUUUGUCAGUUCUCAAACAACUUUCAAAUACAAUAAUUACAGUACACAGCACCAGGUAUUAAAAAUAGGUCUAAAAUGCUUUGUUUAUUAUGAAUUAUCAAAACAUUUAUUUAAACUAUAUACAUUAUGAACUAUUCACAUCUUGAAGUAUGGGAAAUGUAUACAGGUGUUUGACAGACUUACUGAACACCUUACUGGAGUGUCAAAAGUACUGGAUGUUUGUGGUUGAACAGUUUGUUGGGAUAUAAAUUCCUUGAUGUAAAUUAUAAAGUUGACAUCCGAGAGGAUAUUUAUAAUCUUUUCUCCAGUUUUGUGUGUAAUUUGUAUGAACAGUUACUGUUUUGGUUUAUUUGCACUGGCAAAUACAAGCAAAGCAAGACACAUUUGUGUUAUUGAUACAUCUACUUUCAGGUUAAUUUAAAUCUGAAAUAUGUGUAUAAGACAGCAUAGGAAAAGGGUAAAAAAAAAAAAAAAAAUCUUUGAAUC